UAGCUUAAUUUUUUUAGUUAGUAUUUGCAUCGUUACUGCAUAUUGUAGAGCUCUAUAAAUUGAAGAAGAAAUCAAUUGAUGAACUUUAAGAGCCCAAAACAUGGGUAGCCUCUAUAAUGAUCAAUCGAGUAUUUUGUUUGGAAGCGGGAAUACCCAACUUCAAAAUCCUGCCUCCGCCACUGCCUGGCUGGAAGAUCUGCAGCUCGAGAGGUGUCUUCUUGAUUCGCCGGAAAUCACGUCUCACACCCUGAAGAGCUUAAUAGUCACUGAUUGUACAAGUUACUAUGAUACUGUGCUGGCGAUCACAGCUCCAGCUCUGGCUUCUUUCCACCUGGCAGUUACUACUAGUAGAUCUAACUGGAGGGACAUUAUAGUGAAUGAGAUGCCUUCCAUUGUCAAAGCAUCGAUUCGUUCAGAAUCUCCUGUUGCGUUGUGCAAGCUUCUUUGCAGCCUAGUUCACGUGGGAACGUUAGAACUCUAUGGUUCAAAAACAUUGUCAACACUUCACAAGGGAGAGGGACCAGAUGCUUUCCCAACAUUUUAUAAUCUCAAAACCUUUCUGUUCGACGGGUGUAAUUUGAAUGAUGACUUCAAUGUAUUGGAAUGCUUUCUGAAUAAUGCCCCUAGCUUGGAGAAGCUUACUCUACACCACCGCGAGCUUCCAGGACAUUAUCGGAAAAGGAAAAGAAUGGCACAUGAACAUCCAGUGCAGAAAUCUUCGGCAUGUCUGGACAAACUAACUUUGCAGUGUGCAAAAUUGAACUGGACUGAAAUUAAGAACAAAUUAUCUGGCAUUUGGAGCAACCUACAGAAUUGUAACAUCACGGUGAACAAAGUUUGAAGAUUCUAGUAGCAUAGGUUCCCUUCUUGGAAUACUUAUUUCAUCUUCUGUUGGGGCUCAGUCCUAGUAUACUCUAGCCUACCCGCUUGCGUCA